GUUCCUCGGAGCCCACGCUUCCUUGGGAACUCGCAGCGCGAUGUCCCCAGGCCAAGCUGAGCAGCCCCUUCUCCCUCCAGUGAGCUGGGCAUAACUGGCCGUGGCUAGCUAGACUGGGCCUCCCUGUGGGCAGGCGCCAGGUCUGCAACAGCUCCAGUCGGCAGCGCCCAGGCGGGGCCGGGAGCCGCCGAUCUUCCAGGCUGUUCUAUUUGCAAUUUCAUCCCACGUGUCCGCGGGGCCUCAGAAGUGUGUGUGGGAUCCAUCACAGGUUUGGACAUCAUGAAAGCCCUUUCAUGGUGGCUGACUGCAUUUGCAAAUGGGACCUAAGGCAGAGCCACCCUCCGCCCCACUGCAGUGACUUUUCCUAGUGGGCCCAGCUGGCAGGCCUCACUGUUGAUCAAUGGAGCCCUUGGCAGGGACCGAGGGACAGUGGCAGCCAUGCCUCCCCCUGCCACCACCACUCCUUCUGCCGCCUGCUAACCUGCACGCUGUGGGUGCCCUAGAGACCCCCAGAGGACUGACCAUCUGAGCCAGCUUCCUUCGAGCGCCGAGUCCCCCAAGAUGUGGCUGGAGUGGCUGGUAGCCUGGAGCUGGUCUCUGGACGGCCUGAGGGACUGCAUCGCCACUGGUAUCCAGUCCGUGCGGGACUGUGACGGCACAGCUGUCAUCACUGUGGCCUGCCUGCUCGUCUUGUUUGUGUGGUACUGUUACCAUGUGGGCCGAGAACAGCCCCGACCCCACGUAUCCGUCAACUCCCUCCUGCAGGGUGUGGAUGCCAACGGGUUACAGAACGGAUCCAUGUACUGCCAGUCCCCUGAGUGUGUGCGCUGCACGCACCACGACGGCCUCAACCAGAAGCUCUACCACAACCUGCAGGAGUACGCCAAGCGCUACUCAUGGUCUGGCAUGGGCCGUAUCCACAAGGGCAUACGGGAGCAGGGCCGCUACCUCAGCAGCCAGCCCUCUAUCCAGAAGCCGGAGGUCUUCUUCCUGCCUGACCUCCCCACUACGCCCUACUUCCCCAGGGACGCCCAGAAGCACGAUGUGGAGCUGCUGGAGCGGAACUUCCAGGCCAUCCUCUGCGAGUUCGAGGCACUCUACAAAGCCUUCUCUAACUGCAGCCUCCCUCAGGGGUGGAAAGUGAACAGCACCCCCAGCGGGGAGUGGUUCACCUUUGACUUUGUCAGCCAGGGCGUUUGUGUCCCCAGGAACUGCAGGAAGUGCCCUCGGACUUACCGCUUACUCGGCAGCCUCCGGACCUGUAUUGGGAACAAUGUUUUCGGGAACGCCUGCAUCUCAGUGCUGAGUCCUGGGACCGUGAUCACGGAGCACUAUGGGCCCACAAACAUCCGAAUCCGGUGCCACCUAGGUCUGAAGACUCCCAAUGGCUGCGAGCUGGUGGUGGGGGGUGAGCCCCAGUGCUGGGCAGAAGGCCGAUGCCUACUCUUCGACGACUCCUUCCUGCACACCUCGUUCCAUGAAGGUUCUGCUGAGGAUGGCCCACGGGUGGUCUUCAUGGUGGACCUCUGGCACCCCAACGUGGCAGCUGCUGAACGUCAGGCCCUGGAUUUCAUCUUUGCUCCAGGACGAUGAGAACAUUGCCUGGGCCGGAGCCAGGCUGAGUGGAUGGGUAGACUGUGUUAUUGCCUACCCUGACUGUGCUCUGAUCUGUGCUGGGAGCAUGAAUGGCUUCCUGUCACUGCGGGGCAUCUUUCCUUUGGUUACUGGGAACUUCCUAGGUUUCUUUCCCUUUCUGGCUAUUUGCUGGGACUUCUGACCUACUAGUGUGUCCCUUUGGCUGUGACCAGAGGCUCUGUGCCUCUCCCGUCUGUGUCACUUUGCUACCUGGUGUCCUCUCCGUGUUCUGGAAUAGAGUAACCAAAUGGCUGUUUUGUCUAAAUGUCAUCAUCUUAAACUUGUGUAGCUGUCUCAAGAGAGACCAAAAACAAAACAGAACAGAAUGCCACAGACCAGAAGCCAUUGAACCAGACGGCUUGGCCUCCGAGGUUGGGGUUUCAAGGACCCUUCACUGUCCCAGAGCAAGAGACAGCCUGCUGCCUACACAUCUGGUUGGCCUCAUUAUGGGCUUGCCAGAUACCAUCAGGGUGGCGCGAAAGUCAGAGCCUGGGGAAUCCGUCAUUAUUGCUGAUAGACCCCGAAUCUAUAUAGGCCCUUGUGGUGGUGACCAACCUGGGCCUUUUCUUUAGCCACAGCUUCCUACAGAGCGGGAGACCAAGUGAGGGUUCUCAGGUCAGCCAUAGAGCAAGGAUCCACUUAGCUCACUGCCUACAGAAGCCUACUGGUGAGCCCGGCCUGACACAUGCUGCUGCUGUGGUUUCGAGUCCACAAGAUUGUCAGGAGGCAUGCUGGGUCGAACCUUUGCCACCCACCAUGUGAUCAGAGUAUCCAUCAUGCUCAGCAGUCUAUUGCCUAAGCGUUGACAUUCAUGAUGCCUGUGUGUCCAACUUUCACACGCUAGACUCAGAGACGGCAGAGUUGUCGCCAGGUCUGUCAGCACUGUCACAGGAGCCCAUGGGUGUGAUGACACCAGAAACAGCUUCAGACCCCCGGAUCCACAGAGGUGGUGCUGAGUCUUCUGUCUCCUGAGAAGACGCAGUUCUGUUUCCAAAGGGAAGGCCGGCUGGCGUUUCUGAGUCCAGCUGAUGGGAGAAUUCGGUCAGCCAGACACUCUCAGUACACACUCCGGAGCGGUGGCCCCGGAGGGGUGGUCUGGAGCGGGACAGAAUAAACAGGUUGCCUUACAGGUC